CACUACUCCUUCCAAAUAUGAUGUCAACGAAGUUCAUUCUCCUCGUCCUACUAAUUCUGCUUUCUACAAUGUUUGUCGAAAAUGAUGCCUACCUCUGUUGCGGCUAUGGUUACGGCUGGGGAAACGGUUGGUCAUACGGUGGAUGGGGUUACGGACUUGGUUACGGACUUGGUGGUUGGGGAUGGUACGGAAAGAAGUAAUAGCUGUGCAUUUACUGCGAGUUGAAUGGCUACCGAGAAACUUUGAUCUACUGUUUGUUUUAUUCAGUA